AUGCUGGCACGUCGAAGUCCAGAGCAUGGAGAAGGAUCCGAUCAGCCCAGCUCAUCCGCGACAUUAACCGGUGGCACAUCGUUUGCAACCCAAUCAGAUCUCAGGCACCCCAUGCUUCGCUACGACUCCCCCGCAUCUGACUGGAAUGGCGCCCUCCCGCUUGGUAACGGCCGCCUUGGAGCUAUGGUCUAUGGGGGCGUUCACAAAGAGACGUUGCGCUUGAACGAAGAAAGUGUCUGGUACGGAGGCCCGAUGAACCGCACUCCAGUCGGAGCAAAACACCAUCUCGAUGAGUUAAGGCAACUUAUCCGCGCCGGAAGACAUCGCGAUGCCGAAGUCCUGGUUGGGAAACGCUUCCUCGCUACCCCGAAGAGCAUGAGACAUUACGAGCCGCUAGGCACGUGUACGAUCGACUUCGAGUAUUCUACCGAGCAGCAAACUUUCAGGUCCGAAGACGUAGUGAGAAGCUACGAAAGGAGCCUUGAUCUUACUCGGGCCGAAGCAGUAGUGCAAUAUGCUGUCAAUGGAACCCGAGUGCGUCGCGAGAUUAUUGCUACGCAUGCAGACAAUACCAUCGCGCUUCGUGUUGUAGCGGACGAGCAGAUUUCUUUCAAGAUUAGCUUGACACGAAUGAGUGACAUCGAAUGGGAAGUCAAUGAGUUCCUAGAUUCGAUCGAGAUCAUAGAUGGGUGUAUCGUUUUGCAUGCAACACCAGGCGGUAAGGGCAGCAAUAGCCUGUGCAUUGUGGCAGGAGCGCAAGUUCACGGCGAAGGAGGCAUCAAGGUUUUUGGCCGCGAGUUGGAAAUCACAGCCAGAGACGCAGUCAUUGUACUUGCUGCUCAUACUCAGUAUCGUCAUAGCGAUGUUCAACAGGCGGCGAUGGUAGAAGUGGAAGGUGCAAUGCGAAUCGGGCCCGAAGCUCUGUGGCGACGACAUGUCGAGGACUGGCAAAUACUCUUCAACCGCAUGAGCAUUCAGCUGUUUCCAAACAACACACAGCUUACAACGUCGGAACGGCUGAUGAAUUCUCGCGAUCCUGGGUUGACCGCACUAUAUCACGCGUAUGCAAGGUAUCUUCUCUUGUCGUGCAGUCGCACGUAUCCCAAAGCCUUGCCAGCCAACCUUCAGGGUAUAUGGAACCCAACAUUUCAGCCGCCAUGGGGCUCCAAGUUCACGAUAAACGUAAACCUUCAAAUGUGCUACUGGGCUGCGCACGUUUCCAAUUUAUCUGAAUGCGAGCUUCCGCUUUUUGAUCUGUUGGAGCGUAUGGCCGUCAAUGGCAAGCAGACGGCGUCAGAGGUAUGGGGGUGUCGUGGGUGGUGCGCACACCAUUGUACCGACAUUUUCGGAGAUACGGAAACACAGGAUCGCUGGAUGCCGUCAACUCUUUGGCCGCUGGGCGGUGCGUGGCUUUGCACUCACGUUUGGGGAUAUUACAGCUUCACUGGAGACGGGUCACUGCUAAGCCGGAUGCUACCUGCCAUUGAGGGCUGCGUUGACUUCCUGCUGGACUUCCUCAUCGAAGAUGCGAACGGCCAAUAUCUCACCGCAAGUCCUUCCUUGUCACCUGAGAACACGUUCCUACACCACGAAAGCCAGGAGACGGGUGUUUUCUGCGAAGGCUCAACUAUGGACAUGGAGAUUGUACGGCACGUCUUCAAUGACUUCCUUCGAAUCGAUCGUGUCCUUGGGGUCAGCUCCAGCUCCAUACAUCGUUUGUCUGCUGUUGAAUCUGCGCUGUCGCGGCUACCACCGAUCAACAUUAGCUCAAAGACCGGAACUAUCCAAGAGUGGGGCCCCAAUGACUUCGAGGAGACCGAAUUGGGCCAUCGGCACGUAUCCCAUCUCUAUGCAAUUCAUCCUGGCAAUACAUUGACUACCUCCUCGGAUCCAAAGCUUGUAGAGGCUGCGAAGAAGACACUGAUGCGCCGGCUCGAGCACGGGGGAGGUCAUACUGGGUGGUCGAGAGCCUGGCUCAUAAACUUCUGGGCUCGACUAAGACAACCAACGGAGUGCUAUAGAAACAUCGAAGCGUUGUUGAGGGGCAGUACCCUACCAAACAUGCUAGACAAUCACCCACCUUUUCAGAUUGAUGGGAAUUUUGGUGGAGCUGCUGGAAUUGCCGAGUGUCUCGUGCAGUCUCACGAGGAAGCUCAAUCCAGCCGGGAAGAAGGUCCUGUUCGGCUCUUGCGACUACUUCCAUCAUGUCCUGUUGAAUGGAAGAAGGGGAAUGUUCGAGGUGCACGAUGCCAUGGCGGUUUUGAGCUUGCGUUCGACUGGGACGAUGGCCAUAUUCAGGACUCUGUACGCGUCAAAUCGUUGUUUGGACAUAGAGCUACUGUCGUAUUCCACUACACAGGGGCAGAUGCAUCUGACAAAGGCAUUGCAGUCGAAGUGCCUGCAGUCAUAGGCGAUCACAACAUAAGCCGCGGAUAUUCAGACUACUCAAGGCGCAUCGAUUUCGUGAAACGCGGCUUCAGUGGCUAUAACACUGUUAAUGCACUAAGUGUACUGCCCAGGAUUAUCCCAAGGCCAGGGCAAGGUCGAGUUCGUCUUCUCAGCAUCUUCUUUGGGGCCAACGACAUCUCCUUCCCAGAUACCACAGGGCAACAUGUGCCUCUGCGUGUAUUCGAAGAGAAUCUACGACGCCUAAUCAAGCACCCAAGAGUUCAGGCUCAUGAAGACAUCAGAGUACUACUAAUCACGCCCCCACCAAUUGAUGAGUGGGGAUUUGAACAUUGGGACGAACCUGGAAGGUCGGCGCGGAAGGCUGCAACAGCCCAAAAGUAUGCUGAGGGAGUGAGGAAGGUUGGUGAGGAAAUGGGUGUGGCCGUUGUGGAUUUGUGGACCGCAUGCAUGGAGGAAGCCACAGUGGGGUGGAAUGCCUCACUUUUAACCGAACGCGGGGUCGAGAUUCUAAUACCAGGAGAUAUGCGCGCGGAGCGGAGCGUUGUCCUGGCGCGGCUGUUGUAUGAUGGCCUGCAUCUCAGCGGCGACGGAUACAAGAUUCUAUAUCAAGAGAUGAAAAAGACCAUCAUCGAAGCUCACCCUGAUCUCCGCCCUUCCAAAAUCCCGGUAGCGCUUGAGCCUUUCUUCCCGGAGUGGUUCGAGGAUAACGCGCCGUGUAGAACAUCCUAA